AUGACCGAUAGUUCCAGGCGCGAUUUAGCUGAGGCUACGAGCGACGAGCACAAUAUAAUGUACGAAAAGGUGAAGAUCGGCGACUGUACUGAGAUUGCACCUAGUGUCGUAUUCUCGUCUGAUCGUGCGCAAUGGUUAAGCUGGUACAAGUCAAAGGGAUUAUCGCAACAAGAUGCUGAGAAUCAAUUCUUACAACUGGUCAGGAAGCUAUCGCAAGAGAUUACAUUGACGGCUGAACAGAAUGCAGCCUUAGAACCCCGAGGGUUGUCUGCACGAAUCAGACAACGUCUCUCUGGGCAGAGUUUAUGGCAAUUGCAGAUUCUAACGUUUCUAGUGUUUGCAAUCAUAUAUUUUGUCGCUGUCGAGAUGUGGAGACGCAGCACUAAGACACCAAUUAAGCAAGUCAGAGAGAAACUCUUACCACUUCUUUGGUUUGCAUUCGGCUACGCCAUCGUCAUUUUGCUACAGUCUAAAAGCUUUCUGUGGCCAAAACGUCUACAAGUAUCAUCUACUGUCGCCAAAAGCAAUUCUCAUAUAAAAAGACGUAGGCUCCGAGAGCCUAAAGAAACGGAGUUGGGCUCAUUUCUUCGCAAUCAUCGUAUUCAAAUCCAUCAGCAACCAAAUGAUGGAUAUACUGUGCCGCGGUUAGCAUUGGUGCUGCCGAGGGACCAGGAUGCAUUUCAGUUUGGGGACUGCACUGUCAAGAUUCCGUACACUGUCGAGCAGACUGCAGAUGUAUACUACCGUAAAUUCAAGGAACCUUUACCAGAUCCGGCAAGUCGGCUUCUAAUUUUUAUUGAGGUGCUCGAGGAACGGCAACUUGAUGACUACUGCGCUGUUUUUAAGCGUCGACUCUUACGAUUCCGAAAUGAAGCACCAUCUUUGAUCAAACGAUUUGUCAAUUCCGAUUUUGUCGAGUACAUCGAGGACUCACUGCUUGACAAGCAAAAUCGCAUAUUCUAUGUGUAUAUUCGAAACAAAUCUUUUCAAUCGCUGGGCGUGCUGGAAGACUUUUCUGUUUAUGAAGCCGAUGCAGAAAAGUCGCACUGGACGCGUCUCCAUCAAUGUUGCCGCGUGCACAUAACAAGCUCUUCGCUCGCAUUUUUUCGACCGAAGAUUGAGUCGUUCAUUUCGAACUUUUAUUGCAAGAAUGCACCGGAUGCUAGAAGUUAUCACCUUAAACGUAUUAGAGAGGAAUACGGUGACUAA